AUGGAUGAAUCAUUCACAGUUCAGAUCAGCAGCAACUUAGUUAAAAAACUUCUCGAUGAUGGUGAGACUGAGAAGGUAAAAAAGAAAACCAGGAAGCCAAGACAAAAAAAUCCCCAACAACCUCAAGCACAACAGCUUCCUGGUGAUUCAGACGCACUUGGAGUUGGAGGCCCAUCUUCAACUGCAUGGCCAAUUCAGUUGCCUUCUCAUAAACCUCCAAAUUCAAACUUAGAGGCCAUGCGGUCUGUCCUUGAGGAGAGCGAGAAAGUCGUGGAGAGGCUGCAUAAGAAUGAGGAGAACAUGUUGCAGGAGGUCACUGAAAGAGCAAAGGAUCUUCAUGAUAAAGAGUUCGAGCUUCCAAAUAGCAAGCCUAUACCGUGCCUUGAUGAGAAGAAUGCAUGUUUAAAUUGCUACAAGGAACAUAUUAAUGACCCUCUAAAAUGUGCCCAAUUGGUCAGAUAUUUUGCAAAUUGUGCUCGCACAGUUAGACGGCAAGUCGGUCAUGGCAACUAG